AUGCGGGAGAGGAGGUUGCAGGAGAGGCGGUCAGCGUCUGUGUCGAGGAGCAGGGGUAGUCCUACUGAGCAGCGUUCUCCGCAGAAGCAAGACGCACCUGGCUCUCCACAGACGACACCCCCAGGAGGAGUAGAUCUAAAUGCAGUCAGUCGUGAACUGCUCAAGGAGGCGGGGGGUAACGGCAAAGAGAAUGUGGCUAGGUUGGAGGGGAACGAAGACGCUGCGCUUUACCAAAAGCGGAGGAGCGGCGACGCCACAAACGCGAGGGGCGAGGAGGAACGAACAAUGAAAGCAGAGUUGAAGGAAGGCGAAAACAAGACCGAUAGUCUUCCGCAGUCGCAGUUUGCUUCUGCCUCCAAGCAAUGCACUGCUCAGCUUCGCAAACACCAAGCCGAACUGGCAGUUGCCAUGAGAGGACGUGGAAAGGAAAUGCGGGAGAGGAGGUUGCAGGAGAGGCGGUCAGCGUCUGUGUCGAGGAGCAGGGGCAGUCCUACUGAGCAGCGUUCUCCGCAGAAGCAAGACGCACCUGGCUCUCCACAGACGACACCCCCAGGAGGAGUAGAUCUAAAUGUAGUCAGUCGUGCCCGUGUAUCGAGAAAUGGGGAGGAUGCACUGGGCUGCGGUUCGUUGGCUCCGGUGUUGCAAACACCGAAGUGUGAGAUCGUGGAAUGCAAAAAGGCCCCUGAAAGCAGCCACCGGCUGGCGUCGAAUUUAGUCGAAAGGUCUGUGAGUGUGGUGGACAAUAAAACGGUGCAUUUACGUCGCGAAACGGAGUUGAACAUAAAGGGUGCUCCGCGUUCGCAGAUGCGCGCCAUGCCGCUUUCUGUGGACGGAGCUUCCUCAGAAUUAUAUCCCGACGCAUCCAGGUCAGUGCCUAGGCCGGGCGCCUCGGGGUUACAAGUGAUACCUAAGUCAUCAUGCGCUUCAAAGGAGGAUCCACAAAGCGGUGGGUUAGUCGAUGAGAUAGCUGGAAGCCAAGGUCACCAGAGAGCGUUUAGAACCCCUACUUGGGAAAAGCAGACAGGGCAGCCGGUUGCGAAGGCUGGGAGCCCUCUCUCCCCGCAAUCCCCCCACGCCAGCGUACGUCUUGUGGGGGCAUCUACGGCAGCUUCUAAAUCCACCACAGAGAGAGCCAUGAGGCCGAUUCCCUGUAGAUCAGAAGAAAAGCAGAAAGACGAGUGGAUGUUGCAGCAUGAGGCUCACUUGGAGCUCCUACACCGUCAAGCCGCCGCACGACUGAUACAGCAUGCGUGGCGCCAACACCGUCUUGGUGUGCUUUUCUCGUCGGUUCUUCAGAUGAAGAGGAGAAGGGCCGAAAGCGCGAGGAACCGGCGACGAUCUAACGGUCUUGUUCCCUUUACAGAGAAGACCAGCGAAGCCCUCUCGCGUACCGUAGAGCUGUCUGCCUCGUUAGGACCGCGAGGGAGCCAGGACGAUAUUACUGAAGUACAGCAGAGGCGAGAUCUGUACGAACAAUUUAUACCUAUUAUAGAGGAGAACAAACCACCCGCACCUGUUGUUCUAUUCAAGGCGGGUUCCAAGAACCUCUUAUCAAGGCAUUUGUCUGCUGAGGAUCCUAAAAGAGCAGAAGGGCCUUCACACAAGGCAAAGGAAAAGGCAGCUAACCAAGAAGCCUCUGAGAAGCCGAGAGCCUCUACAGAGUUUUUGCAGGACAUCUCCGAUAGCGGAUCCCCACGGAAUAAUCAAUCAGAAAGGCUUCCGGAAAUUGUGCUGCAGCUGGCAAGCAGUUCCUCUUCCUCUCCCAAGAGGAGCAGUCACAGCAGCGAUAGUAGCAGCCAGCGCUCGAGCAGUGACUUGAGCCGGAGUUCUUUAGAAGACGAAAUAGGGCGUAGCGGAAAACACGAGUAUGAUGAUUUCGACGUACGCAAACGUCUUCGCCAAAUAAUGCGGGAGGGUCUAGAUUCAAGGAUGCGAUCCACACUCGCGGGCAGCGACGUUCUCCUCCCGAGGGCCAGCAGGAUCGGAUGGACCUCUUCGCCUUCUCAAAAGGAGCAGUAUAUGCCCGCCAUAGCGGGGCUAGGUGUACAGAAUGCGCUGUCAAAGAGGUCCGAUAGACAAAAGUACUCGCUCAGUAAGAUAGGCACGCAAAGAAGCGUGAUAUGUGUCGAGUCUUUGAAGACUGAGACGAAGUCACCGGGGCAGAAGGAUAUGAAAAAUGUUUCUCAAGACAGGAGGGAGAGUCACCUUAACGUUUUCCUUCAUCCAGAUUGGCAGGAGCGCAAGCUGGAGAGUCUCAACGCUCUAAGAGCACUCCCACCCACAAAGGCGUUGGAAAAGAAGGCCUCCAGGCCCCCUCCAGUCUCCGUUUCAAGGUACGGGGGCAACUCCUCGGAACCACCUGGCUAG